GCGCUUGGGGAUGGGGGGAGAGGGGACGCCUGCUCCUUGGCGGCAGUGUCCGGCAGGACCCUGGGAGCGGCCCGUGGCGAUGGAGACGGCCGAAGCCGUCCAGGAGUAGCCCAAGCAGUCCUCCACGUCAAGCUCGGCUCCCAAGUUUCUGAGUGACCUGGGUUGAUACGGAUCGACCCAGUGAGCAGUGAGAUUCACAGAAAGGACAGCAAGCAGGAUGGAGCACUACCGGAAAGCUGGCUCUGUAGAGCUCCCAGCACCUUCCCCAAUGCCCCAGCUUCCUCCUGAUACCCUGGAGAUGAGGGUCCGCGAUGGCAGCAAAAUUCGCAACCUGCUGGGGCUGGCGCUGGGUCGGUUGGAGGGUGGUAGCGCGCGGCAUGUGGUGUUCUCAGGGUCUGGCCGGGCUGCUGGGAAGGCUGUCAGCUGUGCUGAGAUUGUCAAGCGUCGGGUCCCAGGCCUGCACCAGCUCACCAAGCUGCAUUUCCUGCAGACCGAGGACAGCUGGGUCCCAUCCUCACCUGACACAGGCCUAGACCCCCUCACAGUACGCCGCCAUGUACCUGCAGUGUGGGUACUGCUCAGUCGGGACCCCUUGGACACCAGUGAGUGUGGAUACCAGCCCCCAGGGGCACCCCCUGGCCUGGGCUCCAUUCCUAGCUCCAGCUGUGGCCCCCGACCCCGAAGAAGGGCUCGAGACACCCGGUCCUGAAGACUUGCUGAGCCAGGAUGUUCUUCAGGCCUGAAUGUCUGGGAUGGCUGUGCCUUCUCUGAAGAAGUCCCCAUGAUUGCUUUCAACAUCCCCAGCAAGACUUGAAUCCAUAAAAGUGGGCCUCCCAGUCCUGCUUCUCUCUGGCAUGUGAGAAGGGACUGCUAUGAAAAGUAAUAUGUGUGGGGUCUCUGCUGGGUUCCGGAUUGCUCAAGAAGGGCUUACUCUGCCUUCCACCUGCAGUGCAUCUAUCUGAUUUACCUUCUGACGGAGGUCCAGGGAGGGAGUUAGGAAAUAAAGGUUCCUGCCCAUUUGUCUGAUGAA